AUGGCACCCGAACUACGCUACGAUGGCCAAGUAGCCAUCAUCACCGGCGCUGGUGCAGGUCUCGGUCGAGCCUACGCCAGGUUCUUCGCUUCGAAAGGAGCUAAAGUGGUCGUAAAUGAUCUUGGUGGAACAUUCGACGCCAAGGGCAACCAGCGAAGUGGAGCAGUGGCCGAUCAAGUCGUGGAUGAAUUGACCAAGGCUGGAGCAGAGGCCGUAGCCGAUUACAAUGCUGUGCAGAAUGGUGACAAGAUCAUUGAGACGGCGAUCAAAGCCUUUGGCCGUGUCGAUAUACUCAUCAACAACGCCGGCAUUCUGCGAGAUAUCACUAUCCGUAAUAUGAAGGACGACGACUGGAAUGCUAUCAUCGACGUUCAUCUACACGGUGCAUACAAGACGACUCGGGCAGCUUGGCCCUACUUUAGGAAGCAGAAGUAUGGCAGAGUCAUCCAGACGACAUCAGCAUCAGGCCUCUUUGGCAACUUUGGGCAGGGCAAUUACGCUGCCGCCAAAUUCGGUGUCGUCGGAUUGGCCGAGACUCUAGCCAAAGAAGGCGCAAAGUACAACAUUCACAGCAACAUCAUUGCUCCAGCGGCAGCCAGUCGCUUGACUCAGACAGUAUGGCCAAAGGAGAUGAUGGACUUGAUGGGCCCCGAAUGGGUGGUCCCUCUCGUCGGUUAUCUCGUGCACCCGAGCUGCAAGGAGAACGGCAGCAUCUUCGAAGCUGGCGCUGGCCACUUCUCCAAGAUUCGAUGGGAGAGGUCGAGAGGCUUACUCCUGAAGCCGGAUGAGAAUCUUCAUCCUGAGCAUGUUCUUGCCGGCUUUAAAAAGAUUACCGACUUCACGUUGAAAGAUCAUCCGAGCGAGUCCGCAGAUCUUAUCGGCAAUUUGACCGCUGCUGGGACUCAGCCUCCGAACAAGCCUCCAACUACGGAUUUGGGGAUCAAGGGCAAGGUUGCUCUGGUGACAGGCGCUGGGGCUGGUCUGGGCAGAGCGUAUGCUAUACAACUGGCCAAGCUGGGGGCCAAAUUGAUGAUCAAUGAUGUUCAAAACGCAUAUGCCGUGGCUGACGAGAUCAACGCCAUGGGUGGUGAGGCCAAGUCGUGUGACGUGUCAGUCGAGAGAGGCGACAUGGUCGUCAAAGCAGUCAUUGAUGCUUUUGGACGUAUUGACAUCGUUGUGAACAACGCCGGCAUUCUUCGAGACAAGGCCUUCGUCAACAUGACCGACACGCAAUGGCAUCAGGUCAUUGAUGUCCAUCUGAACGGCACGUAUAAGAUUACUCGAGCUGCCCUGCCAUUGAUGGUCAAGCAAAAGUAUGGACGCAUCGUCAAUAUCACUUCUACGUCGGGAAUCUAUGGUAACUUCGGACAAGCGAACUAUGCCGCAGCGAAAUCAGGCAUUGUCGGCUUCACUAGGACCACAGCCCGAGAAGGCAUGAAAUACAACGUAAUCGUCAACGUCGUGGCCCGCUCGGCCGGCACCAACAUGACUCGGACCAUCUGGCCAGGGCGAGAAGUACAGAGCCUGAAGCCAGAAUACGUAGCUCCACUUGUGGCGGUACUCUGUAGUGAAAAGCCACCGGCAACGGGUCACACGUUCGAAGCUGGGGCUGGCUGGUUCGCGAGCACACGCUGGCAACGAACUAAGGGCGUUGACUUUGAGUUCAAGAAGGGUUAUCAAAGCGUCACUCUUGAGAUGGUCGCUGAGGCGUUUCCUAAGAUCAUUCGAUUCGACGAGCAAGCCGACAAUCCGGAGAGCCCAGCAGAAGGUUCAAAGUACACCAACGGCAAUGCUUUUAACAGCGGCAUGAUUCCCGGUAUCUCGCAAGAAGACCGCGCGAAGAACCGUAGAUACACGUCCAAGAUCCAAGCAGCAAUCAGUGCUCCACCAGAGCCUGUUGAAUACAGCUACACCGAGCGAGAUAUCAUCCUUUACAAUCUCGGUAUUGGCGCUAAGCGGAAGGAUCUCCAUCUUGUGUUCGAAGGGAACAAGAACUUCACCGCAGUACCGACAUUCGGUGUGGUCCCAGCUUACUUCUCCAAAGCUCCUUGGACCCUCAACGACAUCGUUCCUAACUACGAUCAACGACGGAUGCUGCACGGAGAACAGUUCCUCCAGGUCCUGCAGUGGCCGAUCCCAACUUCGGCCACACUCAAGACAUCGACAAAGCUCAUCGAAGUAAUCGACAAGGGUAAUGCCACAAUCGUUCGCCGUGGCCAGGAUAUCACAGACUCGACCGGCAAGCCUAUCUUCUACAAUGAAAGCGUCCUCUUCGUCCGAGGUAGCGGCAACUUCGGUGGGCAGAAGACACCCCCUGACCGCGGGCCUGCAAAUGCUGUCAACAACCCACCGAAUCGCAAGGCAGAUCACAUCGUCGAAGAAAAGACGUCCGAGGAUCUCGCGGCCAUCUACCGCCUCAUGGGAGACCGCAACCCCUUACACAUCGAUCCCGAAUUCUCAAAAGUAGGCGGCUUCGACACCCCUAUUCUGCACGGCUUGGCGACAUUCGGAAUCACGGGCAAGCACAUCUUCGAGACUUUUGGUCCGAUGAAGAACUUCAAGGUCAGGUUUGCUGGGGUUAUACUUCCUGGUCAGACAAUUGUCACGGAGAUGUGGAAAGAUGGUGGCAAGGUGAUUUAUCGGGCGAAGGUCAAGGAGACGGGCAAGUUGUGUAUCAGUAAUGCUGCGGCGGAGGUUUGGGAUGGGAAGGCGAGACUCUGA